CUUUUUUCUUUUAUCAGUUAUGACGGAAUUGUAAUGAACAAAAUCCAUAUAUAAUUAUUUAUGAUAUGUUUGAUUUCUUGUUAUUGUAUGUCAUUCAAAUUUGGUAGACGGCCCCAACGUUAAUGUGGCUCUUGCUAUGUGUUGGUUCAGCCGAAUUAAUUAUUAUGUAAUCAAGUUUGUUUUUCUCUUUUAGUUGUCAUCCGGCCAAACAUUAAGCAACUUAUAUUGCAGUACCUUUUAUCAAUUAGUUUAUCAAAAUAUGUCAUUGUAAUUUUGCAUGGCUAAAAUGUAACGCUUGAUUUAUAUAUAUAACUAGAAAACCCGUGGUCACAGGGAGGAAGCUAAUAGUAUUUUUUGUUAGGAAGUUUAAAUCGCGGCAAAAAAUAUUUGCCGCGAAGAUACUGAAGAUACAGCCAAUUAAAAUGUUGCUCGUACUAAACACAGCGUAAUAUCAACAAAACCUAUCGUUAAAACAAUCAUUGCACGUGCACGUGCGUGUAAUACCCUCGUUACCAUAGUUACUACGCAAGUUCGUAUUUUUCGUUUGAUUUGUCGUACAUCCUACAGAAAGAAUCUUUUGAAUUAUAGUAGAGAUAAUUAAUUGAAUUUUCAAAUUUUAAAAAAAUACCAAAGUACUAAUAACAGACUCUUAAACCUUAUUAUUGUUGACUAAUUAUUGUUGACUACCAUAGUGCCACAAAGAAUAAUUUUAAACAUUUUCUAAUUUUAUUUAUUUCUUAGUAUGCUCAUAACAUGUGUGUAAUAUUACAAUCAGUAAAAUGUAAGGGAAGCUUUGAGUUGUUAUUUCUACAUUAUGUAUUUGAGUCUUCAUAAUAAUAUUUAUAGACAUAUCGCAAUCUUUUAUAUAGGGGUUUAUAUUAUGUAUUAUAUCAAUUAUUUAAUAUGUAACUUAGUUUAUUCUCUUUAGUGUCAUAUCUGAUGUUGAAAAGAAUGGGCAAAAUUUUGUAUACAAUUCUGUAGUCUAAUUAGCAUGGUACCGAACUGAAAAUAUCAGAGGUGAAUGCGGAUAGUUAAACCCUCGUGGGUUCGAUCAAAAGAGCCGCUCUUUUCGUGUGAUGUUCACCCUGAUGGUAAAAAAUUUGCUACAGGAGGACAAGGAGAGGGCAAUGGUCGCAACAUCUGGCAUGUAGCACCUGUAGCUCGGCAGAAAGCUGAGAAGUCUGCUUCAAGAAGAGUAUUGCCACACUUGAGCACCCACCAAAGAUGUGUCAACUGUGUUAGGUGGUCCAGCAGUGGUCAAUUUCUAGGAAGUGCUAGUGAUGAUAAAUUAGUGAUGAUUUGGGGGGCUGUGAGGUAUGAGGGUUCUGAGUCUGAAUCUUAUAAGUGUCUUCAUAUCUUGCGUGGACAUGACAGUGAUGUGCUGGACUUGGCUUGGUCUCCUGAUGAUUCCUACUUAGCAUCCUCAAGUAUUGAUAACAGUGUUAUCGUGUGGAAUUGUCGGAAUUUUCCUGAAAAGCUGACUACAUUAAAAGGUCACGAUGGUAUGGUGAAAGGUGUAGUUUGGGAUCCUAUCGGCAGAUAUCUGGCCACUCAGUCAACGGAUAGAACUUUGCGAGUUUGGCGUCUGUCUGACUGGCAGGAGGAAGCUAAGAUAAGCGACCCAUUUUCAAAAUGUGGAGGAAAUACAACCGUUCUCAGGAUCGGUUGGUCGCCUGAUGGUCAGUACAUCGUGUCCUCUCACGCAAUGAACAACGAGGGCCCUGUCGCCAAGAUUAUUGAACGAGAGGAUUGGAAAGCUAGGAUGGACUUUGUGGGCCACCGUCGUGCAAUAGAAAGUGUUAGAUUCAACCCUAAUCUAUUCUACUACAACAAAAGACCAGUAUCCUGUGUAGCUAUUGCUGGUAGAGACAGCAGCAUAUCUGUCUGGUUAAGUCCGUUAACUGCUCUGAAACGGCCCCUGUUUGUUCUGCAUGAUGUCUUCGCCAGCUCAGUGCUGGACAUGUCAUGGACUCCUGAUGGAUACGGACUUUUUAUCUGUUCUCUUGAUGGGAGUUUAGCUUAUAUUGAGCUGAGCAGUGCUGAAAUCGGUAAGACUUUGUCCCCUCAGCAGACAGCUAGCUUGAGAAGUAUUUCCUCCAAACCUUCCUCCUCGGUAUCCUCACCUGUAUCCUCUAAUGUAUUCAAUAAGCAAGUAGAGACCACUACUAAAGACGGCAGAAGGAGAAUCAUGCCCAUUACACUGAAAGAAGUUCCUGUAGCGUCUCAGAAGCCUACCCAAGCAACAAAACGGGUGCUAGUAGAGGCUGAUAACAUUCAGAACAUGGUGACUUUCGCUCUGGGACCCAAGUCUUGGAAGACAGUUAUAUACAGCAAGGCUACAUCACUCUCUGCGGGAGAUAGUUACCUGGUGUUGGGAUGUCAAAAUGGCACACUUCAUGUUUAUAACAAACAGGGGGUUUUAGCAUUUCUGUUUCUCAAUGUGGGGUGCUCUAUUGUAAAGUCUGCUGUUAAUGGGAAUUAUGUUGUGGUGAUCACUAGUGCUCCUGCUUUAACAAUUUGGAACGUUGCUGAGAAGAAGAACGUUCUCAAAGAUGAAUCUCUUGCAUCAUUCAUGACUGAAAACAAGUCCAUCUGCAGCCUGGAGAUCACAAAAGAAGGAAAUGUAACAAUUGGACUGAGCAACAAAACCAGCUACUGUUACAGUUACAGUCUAUCAGCAUGGAUGUUGAUCGGCCACCACCAACUAGACUCAACCUGGUACAAAGAACUCCAAACCAACAAACAACAAAUCACACCCUCUCAAAUCCUGUGCCCUAUCCUCCAGACCCACGUCCUCCACCCCCGACACCAGCUCUACCAACAGAGACAAGCUCCACCUCAACACUGUCCUCAUGUUAGAGCAACAGAUCCUGGUAGCGGAGAACCUGAGUUCUUUCUCCGAGUGCAGGCUGUGGUUAUCCUCCCUGGUCCGGUAUCUGACCAUGCAGCAAGAGGAGGACAGGCUACACUCACUUCUCCAGCGCCUCAUUUCCUCACCUCUACCCACUCUCUUCAACGAGGACAAACUGAGUGUCCUGAAAGAGCUGUUGAAGAUAGUUGCUACUAA